AUGGCUCUAGAAGCAACAACACGGGGAAGAAGGAAUCGAGUUUCACCUUCCACACCAGAGAUCAUCGACCUCGACUCUUUGCGCUCAUACGACAAGCGAACCAUAGACGACGACAUUAAGAUCCUCAAAUUCACUCCUGAGAACAUUCCUCUAAGAAAACGUAAGAGAAAUUUCGAAAGAGGAGAGUCUUCAAAUUCAAGUAACAUUCCAUUUGUUUGCGAAAUUUGCACGGAAACUAAAACAAUGAAGGAAGCUUUCUAUAUCAGCGGCUGCUCUCACGCGUAUUGCUCUGAUUGCGUUGCAAAUUACAUUGGUUCCAAGCUUGAAGAUAACGUCAUCAACAUCUCAUGUCCAGUUCCCGAAUGCAAAGGUUCUUUGGAAGCACAGUUUUGCCAGAAUAUUCUUCCGGUCGGGGUUUCUGAAAAGUGGAGUAAAGCAUUGUGCGAGGCUCUGAACAAUGUUUCGCAGAAAUUCUAUUGUCCGUUUCCAGAUUGUUCUGCUAUUUUGAUCAAUGAUGAAACCAAGGCUGUUAGAAAUUCUGAAUGCCCUAACUGUAAUAGGAUGUUAUGUGCACAAUGUAAGGUUCCUUGGCAUGAUGGGAUCAAAUGCAGCAAGUUCCAAAAGUUCUAUCUUUUUUCUCCCUGGAACUUGCUGCAUUUGAUCCCAUCAUGCCAAGGAAUCUUACAUUGUGCAUUGAACAUCCUAUUACAGUUAGGGCAUUCAGAAUUUCUAAAAGCCUUGGUUUCAUCAUUGAUCAAAAUAGCAGAACAAUCUAGAAACGAACAAUAG